GCAAUGCAUGUUUGUAUUUUUGAAUUUUAUUUUUUACGUAAUAUAACAUUUGUUGGUGUAAACGGUUGAAUUGUUCAAAAAUUAAGUUCAAAAUUAAAUUAUACGUGUGAAAUUGGCAUCGAAUAAAGCGAAUUAUGUUAGGGUCACCGCAAGAGGUACAUAGCGCAUCAAGCAAUGGCGGAGGAGCAAGCGUGGCUCGUGCGAGCUCGCUCCGACUCUGAGAACUCGUCCAAGCUGAGCUUCGGUUCCAUCGCGCGAACGAUGGCCUACACGGAGGACAGACUCACAGCAACAGAGGGCGGCGGUGAGCCAGGCAGCGUGGUCAGCAUGGCCAGCCCGCCCGACGCCGCCGAGGCGGAGAGCGAGCUGCUCGACUACAACGACGCCGCCGUGCUCGAGCAGUUCCACGAGGACGCGCUCCGCCAGGCCGGCUGUGGCCCAUACCAGGCCAAAGUGGCUCUAGCUACGGCGUUGGCGGUAGCCGGAAACGCGCUGGAGCUAGCGGCCAUUCCCUUCGUGCUGCCCUCUGCUGAGAUCGAACUCUGCAUACUGCGCCAUGAGAAGAACUGGCUUGUUCUCAUCAGCCUAGUGGGCUCGUCUCUAGGCGCGGCCGGCUGGGGCCCGCUAGGCGAGCGGUUGGGCCGUCGCCGCACUCUACUAUCGUGUCUCGCCGUCAACGCCGUCUUCGCCGCUAUAGCGGCCGUCAUGCCUACGUACGGCACUUUUAUGAUGGCGCGCUUCUGCUCAGCCAUCGGUUCCGGCGGCAUAGUAGCCACUUCCUACGCGUACCUAUCAGAAUGUGUACCACGCGCGUGUCGCCGCCGCGCGUUACCGGCGCUGCCCGCCGCCGCCGCCGCCGGAACGCUCGCCGCCGCCGCUUUAGCGAGGGCUGUGUUACCGCCGACUGGGGAAACGACGUUAUUAGAGGACAGACGGCACUUCAGUGCAUGGCAUCGCUACCUCCUCCUCUGCACGCUGCCGAUCGUGUCCAGCCUGGUCAGCAUGAUCUGGACGCAGGAGUCGCCGCGGUAUUUGCUAGACGUAGGCCGCGAGGUCGACGCCAUGCUGGUUUAUCAGAACAUCCACAGCGGUAACCAGAUUCGCAUAUGCGGGAAGGCCAACGUAGCGGCCGCUAACACCAACUCUGAAUAUCGGUUGGGCGAAUUAUCUCUACCGGGCAAACGUCGCCCGCCCGCGUUGCAUCACGUCAGGCAUAGUGUUAAGAUGUUCUGGCAGGCGUUUUUCCAGUUGUUUUCGAGUGCAUACAGGAGUACAACGCUGUCAUUAGGAGGGAUACUGCUCUUCACUACAGCUGUACAGUUCUACCUAUCGUCCUACGUGCCGACGACGGUCGACCAGAUGGAGAACGCCCUAUUCGCGGCCUCGAGGCUGACGGAGCAGAACAUGACGUGGGAGAGCCACCACUUCAACGACACCUUGAGCAACGUGGAGUACCGGAACGCUGUCUUCGACAAGUGCACCUUCAAGGAUAUGCUGAUGGCGCGAGUGCUGUUCAAAAACUGCACCUUCACAGGCGUGGCGUUCUCCAACAUCAAGACUUCGUACACGUACUUCGAGGGCUGCCUGUUUUAUAACAGCACCAUAAUCGACACAGACAUGGAGGUGGGCCGCGAGUUAGACGAGUGGUGCGUGUUCAACGCGAGCGUCGUGAGAGGAAUGCGCGCUGGAUGCGCCAGGCAUGCUGACUUAACAGUCCGCUUAGCUGGGAUAUUGGCUGAGCAGACUUAUGCGGCUCACGCUAUGUUGGCUGCUGCUGCGUUAGGACUGCUACCCUAUAGGAGCAUCGUUCUGGGUAAGUCGAUUCUGUGCGCAGCGGGUAUGCUGCUAUCUCCCUCCAUCUACUUCGUGGAGAGCGAGACGGCGCUAUACGUGGUGGAGUGCGCGUACCGAGUGCUACUCACACUCGUGUUCUAUACUGUGUGUGUGAAGGUGGUGGAGUCUUACCCUGCUAAUUUAAGGUGUACAGCGCACGGGCUGAUUCUCUCCGCGGCGUAUAUGGGAGGAGCGGUGGUGCGAGGUGUAGGACCUUUUAGUUCGCCACUCACCUGCGCGCUGUGCGCAGUGCUGUGCGCCCUAGCCUGCGCGUGCGCCGCGAGGCCGGGGUUCCUACACUCGGGUCGUGAGUAGUAAUACUACAAUAUUAUCGACUAGAAUAUGGACUUGCCAAUCGACCGAUACCAAAGCGUCUUGACUGAUGAUGAUGAUGAUGAUUUGUGAAUGCCCUGUGACUGAUUCACCCAGGGGUAUUGAAUAGUGGACCUUUGAAAUUGAGGGUAGUUUUGGCAUGAAAUUAAGGGUAGAUAGAGAAGUUAAAACAUUCAUGAAUAAUUUCAAAACUUCUCUUAAAAGAUUCUCACACUAAGGCCCAGAAUAGACGGUGAAACGCAAC